AUGAGAGGAGCCGAUGGUGAUUCGGAUCACUAUCUGGUAAAAGGAAAAAUGAAAGUCAAAAUAAAAAAGGUUACUCGGAAAAAAGGAAUAUUGGUAGACAAAUAUGACACAGCUAAACUAAACAAUGUGAAUACGUGUGAAAGAUUCAAGUAUCAGAUGUCGGAAAAAAUCAGAAGGAUAGAUGCAGGUAUAAAUGACUCAAUUGAUGUGAAAUGGAAAAAAAUUAAAGAUACAAUAAAUAUUGUGACAGUCAGAAAUCGGAAAAGUAAAAGCCGUAAGAAAACCAUGGUUUAACGACAUGUGUGAAGAUGCUCUAAAUUGGAGAAAAGAAGCUAGAAACCAGUGGCUUAAUGACCAACAUAAUAUAGAAAAAGAAAUUGCGUAUAAAGUAUGUUAGAAGAGCGCAAGUAGUGUAUUCAGAAAUUAAAAACGAAAAUAUACUAGGAAAUUAUUGGAAGAAGCAGAAGUAAAUUCUAGAAUGAAUAGAACGAGACAGUUGUACCAAAAAAUAAACAGUAUAAGAGGAGGAUUCAGAAAACAUAACAAGUUCUUGAAAAAUGAAGAUGGUUCACUGACAACAGGANGAGAAGAUAUGAUUCAGGGAGAAAUAUUAAAAAAUUUAGAUGAGACUUAACUUUGCUAAGGCCAAUUGUCCUGUACGGAGCAGAAAUAUGGCCCCUGAGAAAGACUGAAGAACGAAGAAUUGCAGUAUUUGAGAGAAAAGUAUUCAAGAAAAUGUAUGGGGCAUACUUUGAUGUUCUCACAAAUGAAUGGAGGAAAUUACACAAUGAAGAACUGCAAUCCCUUUUUCAACGACCGGAUAUACUGAAAGAAAUAAAAUAA